UUUAUAGGCUAAUCCACGCCAGUGUCUCGUUAUUAGUUUGUGUGUUAUUCGCAAAUCGUGUAUAGUUUGAGUGUCCUGAUGAAACCCCGUCAGCGCGCGCAUGACCUUUGCAUCACAUCACAUCGCGUGACGUCACCGCCAGUGCUGACGGAGUCGCUAUAAAGUCAGGAACAGACGCUCAUUUACCAGCAAAGUGCUUCUGUGUAAACUCACAUCCUCGUUUCGGACAGUCAGAACACCACAACAGUGACAUGGCUUCUGUAGAUGUUAUGACAAACCAGAACGUAGUUGCCCGAGUGGCUAACCUUCCCUUGAUCAUUUCCACAUACGAUAUUGUGUCGAAUGUGUACUGCCACACCAAAGACAAUCAUCCGUAUCUGAAGUCUGUGUGCGAAGCAGCUGAGAACAGUGUGAAGACUUUAACCUCAGCCGCUUUCAACACUGCUUUACCUUACAUUGGAAAACUGGAGCCACAGAUUUCUUUGGCUAACACGCUGGCAUGCAAAGGACUGGACAAGAUAGAAAAGACCUUGCCGAUCCUACACAAACCCUCAGAUGAGAUUGUUGCAAAUGCUAGAGAGGCAGUGACAGGAGCCAAGGAAACAGUCACUGGGACUAUGAACGGUGCCAAAGAGACGGUGUCUCAUAAACUGGGUGGAGUGAUGGACAGAACCCGCGAGGCUGUGCAGGACAGCAUGGAAAUGACCAAGACGGUGGUCAGUGGUGGAGUCCAAACGGUGAUGGAGAGCAAGGUGGUCAGGCUGGUGAGCAGCGGAGUGGACACGGCACUGAGUACAUCUGAGACCCUGCUAGAGCAAUACCUACCUGAAACCGAGGAGGAGAAAGCAUCUGGAGAGAUAAACAAUAUAGGAUUUGAGAACGACGGGGAUGCACCCAGUUACUAUGUGCGUCUGGGGUCUAUCUCCACCAAAGUGAGAGAAAGGGCUUACAGGAGAGCUGUGGUCAAGGUUCUUAAUGCCGUGCAGCACAGCCAGGAAUCCAUAUCCAAGCUGAACCACACCAUGGAUCUGAUUGAAUAUACCCGAAAGAACCUCAAUGGUGCUAACCAGAAGGUUCAUGAGAAAAUGCGUUCACUGAUGGGAUGGAAGAAUACGUCUCAAGAAGAGAGUGAAGAAGAAAACGACAAGAUCACAAACAAUGAAGCGGAGCAAAUUGAAUCUCGCACUUUGGCCAUCGCCCACAAUCUCAGCCAGCAGCUUCAGAGCACAUGUCUGGUCCUGGUAUCCAGUCUGAAAGGUCUUCCUCAACACGUCCAGGUCCAUGCCCUCUCCGUCAGUCACUCGGCCAUGGAGAUCUACACCAGCUUCAAUAAAGCAGCUGUCAUGGGAGAUCUGUCUGAUACAGUCCUCACCAGCAGUAGAUCUCAGAUGAACAGAAUACAAGACUCAAUGGAUAACGUCAUGGACUAUCUGAUCAACAAUACGCCGCUCAAUUGGCUGGUAGGUCCAUUUUACUCACGCGUGGGACGCCCGGCUGUGAACGGAGUCAAACCCGGGCCAUCCACGACCUGUCACCCUGAAUUAGAGAUGCUUUCAAUGUAAAAAAUAUUGUUUGCAUAAAUACAAUCAUACAUUCAUGCGAGUCAAUCUGUGUCUGCUUAUACAUUGUGUUUUUUAGUAAGAAAUAAUGUGUUAUUCUUCACAAAAUAUUUUGUGAACAUCUCCGCUUUACACAUCUAAAAUUGUAUAAAUGAUCUUGAAGUGCCUUCUACACUGUUAAAGCCAUUGUCUUGUCUCUUUUUUACAUUUUUAAUAAACGAAUACACAUUUAUUAUUUCUUGGGAA